UCUUUCUCAUAAGUUAGAAAUUCUCAUAAUGGAGAAUCAAAAUUAUUUAUAUAAAAAACCAAAUCAUUUCGCAAAUUUGAAAGAUAUGGGACUAUCAGGACGAUUCUGCGACGUCUUAAUCAAGGCGAAAGACAAAGAAUUGAGAGCUCACAGUCUUAUUCUUGCUGCAAACUUGAAAUAUUUUAAAUCUGUAUUGUUGAGUAUGCCCGAAAAUAGCCUUGAAAUUAUUCUAUUCCUAUCAGAUUUAAGUGGAAAAGAACUAGAGCCAUUCCUGACAUUUGCUUAUACAGGCGAAAUAUUAUUAACUGAUGACAAUGUAGUAGAAUUACUCAGUGGAGCAGUAAACAUUGACGAAGAUGAAGUGAGGGAAGUUUGCAUUGAGUACUUAAAAAUUCACUUAAAAAAAGAACAAGCCUGCCAAGUGAGUUUUUAG